AUGGAGAACGAUACUGCUACAAUAAAGACUUCACCUGCACUGCCUCGCCACGAGCAGGCGCCACCUGACCCUGGCUGGGCCGAAGAGGUAGCCGAGUUACUGGCAGCGGAACCACUUGAUGCAGCACUGCUGCCACUCAAAGAAGCUACAUCCGAGUCGGAUCCGGACUCAAUAUUGGUCGUUCCGUCGACAGGAAGAGCUGAAGUGGCCGUAAUGUGA